AUGGAAUGGCUGCUAGCGGGGCUAGCCGAGCUGGAGGGGGACAUGAGGCUUCUCUGGAGCCAGCUGACCCACACUCUGGCCUGCAGACACUGCGGCAGCAACUGCCUGCAGAGUCCAGGCAAUCUGGCGACACUAUUCCUAUUCGUGGUUUGGCAGAUCCGGAGGUGGUGGCAGCUUGGGAGAUGGCAACAGCUUCAGUCCUGGUACUCUGGGGACAUCACGCAAGGCAAGGGCCUACCACUUCUGUAUUGGGUGACAAUCCUCGAUCACCUGUGGGAGCAAAAGUCAGAGGAAGAGGGAGAGGAGGAGGAAGAAGAGGAAGAAGAUGAGGAGGAAGAGGAAGAAGAGAAACCAUCUUUGGAUCCAUUGAAGCUAUGCUCUAUUCCCAAAGAAGUCCAGAUUGGAGAGCAAGUUACGAUAGCCCCCUCCCAGUCAUCUUUCUGUCCUGCGGAUCUUUAUGAGGACAUGAAGACAUCAGAGCAAGUACUCACAGAGACCCGAAGCCCUUCCAGAUCCUUCCCUGCUUUUCAGGUCCUGACCAAUUUCCCUGUGAGGUACAGGGCAACACCAGGGGGGCAUCUACAGCCAAGUAAAAGCCAGCUCUUCUGGGGCCUCCCUUCUCUGCACAGUGAAUCCUUGGCAACGAUCUUCCUGAGCUCACCUGGCUCCUCUCCCAUGAAGUUAUCAGUUAGCUAUUCUGUCUUCUUCAACAAGCUUCCUUUCCUAUCUAGAUCCAACUUGCCCCUUCCCCAAUAUUGCUCUCCAACCCAGCUUUCUACCCAUAAAGACCUUAUUACAGAACAUCUGCAAGGGAUGGUCCUCCAUCCAAAGCAACUCCCCUCUUCAUCUUCCCCGUCUGCCCCCUCACUACCUUGCCAUUUUCAAUCCUUUCCCACGGACCACGAGGGACUCCUGUCUGGCACCCAGACAUAUACACAUUGGCCUGCAAAGCAGAGAGAGGUCUCUGAGGGUGAAACCCUGAGCUCCCAGUCUAGACUCCAAAAAAUUACCCCUUCCAGGAACUUCCCUUCCUCUGAAGUCAGGUGCAGGGUACCCAAGAAUCCUAGUUUCCAGCAACACAUUCUAGACUCACUGUCUACGUCUUUACUAUAUCCUUCUAGCCUUCUGGGAAUCCUGAGUAGGUUUGAAGCACCAAGAAAAACUAUGGGGAAAAAUGUGGACCCCAAAGCCUCUCAACUACCAGUGCCAACUCCCACUCCAACCCCAAUCUCCUUGCCAAAACUCCAGGGAGUCAACCCUGUAAGACAUCUUUCAGGAUCUCAAGCUCUAUGGGAAACCACAAGGCAGAGAGAGAACCCUAAAGCCUCCGAGCCUCCAAUCCUGUCCCCUUGUCAAUCUGUGAUCCCCACAACAGAGCCUCAAGGAAGUAGACCCUUGGGAGUUGAAUAUGAGGCUUGGUGGGGAAAGACAGAGCAUAAGAACCCUCCAGAAUCUGAGUCCCCUGUGGAAAGUCUCCCCUGCCAACUCCCAGAAUCUCUGUCAGAAUCCCGCACUGUCAGCCCUGAAGAUGAGUCUCCUGCAGCCAAGGAUUUCUGGGAAGAUGAGCACAGAGACAACCCUCAGGCUUCUGGGUCUCCAGCGCCUGCCCCCUGUGCACCUCCAAAACCACGGCCGGGACUCCAGGGAGGAAGCCAUUUAGGAGGCCCAUCUGUACAUCCAUCCCAGUGGGGCUGCAGAGAAAAUUCAGAAACCCCCUGGGCCUUUGAAUCUCCACCCUUAAACCUCAACCCGGGGCACUCCGGAGCCAGCCCGGCAGAAACUCCACGGAAGGACAUGCAGAGUGAAAACAGACUUUGGGUCUCGGCAGACACGGUUUCAUCUUGUGGCCACCCUUCCUCCUCUCUGCCAGUGUCCCUUGGAACUGAUCCUCGGGGAGUCUUUCCCAAGUGCAAAGUUUUGUGGGAGAACUCGGGGCAGAGAGAGAACCUCUGGGCCUCGGGGUCGCCAGCACCUGACUGCAGUCCACCUCUCACUUUGGCAGUGCACUCCCUGCAGCCAGUACCCAGGUCUCCCGCUCAAGCUGAAGCUCCAAAGAUCGAGUCUUACCAGCUUGGCCUACUCAAGGGAGAGCCGUCCCCAGACAUUAAGGCAGAGACCCCCCCCUCCCAGGGUGGGGCUGUUCCAGAAGUGCCCGCCCGCUCUGGAACGCAGGCCUGGCAAUGGAGUAGAGAAUUGGGACUAAAACUGAAGAAACUGCAGCAAAGAUCUGCUUCUAGAUCUCCUAUCCCAAAUCAGUCAUUUGGCAACUCUCCUGCCACAAGCUCUACAACUCUGAGCUCCUGCGGACUCUCGUCCUGUCCCCCACAGCAGACUCGGGUCCUCGGUCUGUGUCCUCAGUCUUCCAGCUGUCAACCCCCAGCAGUUUCAAGCACAGUAACUCAGCCUGUGCAUAUUUCUCGCUCCUUUUCUUUGUCUUGGCUGGAAAGAACUGGACGGGCAGAACAAGGGUCUGAGAGAGAGAGACAAAGGAUGGUAAAGAUGGUAGCCCAGGUCUCAGCCCAGAGGCUGUAUGCUCACAUGAAAGCUGGUGAGAACUGCUCCGUUCUGGGAGAGCCCUCGCACCCUGAGAUUCCAGCUACAGAUAAGAGAGGGGAAAGGGCUUCAGCCCAGUCUCCAGCCAAAAGUAGACACAGUCCCAGGAAUCCCAAAGCAAGAAGCCCUGGAGGAGGGAUACAAGAUUGGGGCCAUCCACAAUUACAGAGAAAAGUCACCAGGCCCAGGUCCAAAGACUAGGGGAGGCCUCUGUAAGCAGACUUUUCCAGAGAUCUCAGCUCAAGGACCACAGUGCUCUUCUCCAGCAGCUUCAGUCCAAGGCUGUAGGUCUCCAAGGUCAGCAAGAGGCAGGGAAGGGAGCUGGUGAGACUCUGACACCUCAUUACUAUCCACUCUGCCCUUUGGCCCACAGAGAGGCAUCUCUCCUCCACACUUCAGGUUCCCCUCAUCAGGGGUCUCCAAAGCAUAUUAGCCAGAUUUGUGGGUACACCUAGACCCCUGCCCACCAAGUCCAAUCAGCAGUGGAAAGGC